AUGGCACAUUUUGAACCUGUUUCCUCAAUACCUCGACGCUUUACUACCUCAUUGCCCUCCUCACUUUAUCUUGUUUAUAGCAAUGAUAGACGUAAUGAAGACGACACGUUUGGAUGGCAAUUGUUUCAUGAUCGACAACGGAAUUUGAUCUACUAUUUACACAACUACACGGGAGAAGUGCGGUGGCCACGACCAGAGACUGUAGGUUUCGUCAUGCACGGACUCAAACCUUUACCUGCUUCGGCUAGUAUCAAUACGAGAACGGACAGCAUUGUCAACCCCGACAUUUGGAGCCCAUUCUACCCACACGUAGUGAUGUUGCCCUCUGGUUUAGUUCGAGUGCACCCUGGUCCUGAUUCCAAGACCAAAGGCAUUACAGAGAUGUGGUGCGGAUAUAAUCGCUUCCCACUUACCAGUGUUAUAGUAGAUGGAGCACUUUCGGAGCAGCACAGGACAAACAAGAUUGAUCGAAUGGCAAUGCUCGAGUCAACUGAACCGAGAAUCUUGCCACCGACAUGGGAGGAACUACGCAGCGGUUCACCUUUCUUAUCUCCGUAUCCAGUGGCAAUUCUCAAAAGUGAUGAUACAGAAGAUAAACCCAAAGCUGCACCAAGUCUUCUUCAUAGACUUGACGAGCGGUUCCACACGCCUGUGGUUGACGGUCUUCACAGUUUUUCUCAUGGUGAUCUUGGACGAGUGCACGGCUCAAUGGAUUGGACGACUGGUACUAGCUACAAAACGACAAAAGAGAGUUGUGUGUUUAAACAGCAGCCAGCUUGUUCCAAAGGAGUAUCAGUCCCAAACACGGAGAGAAAGGAGCAUAAUCGCAAGGGCUAUCUCCUUCGUCAGGCACGAAAGAUGAUGCGAGAGAAUGGUGCUAAUACAACCGUUGCAACUUCAAUAUCAAGAAUGUCCAAGCAGCGGAAGGACCAGGAAACGACAGCAACAAAACUCGAGCGUCCACUGAACUCUGACCAAAAGAAUGGUAUCAAUGAUGGAGAUUGUGACACAUUAUUAUCGUCGCAUUGCUGA